GCCGGAAGUAUCAGGAGACGGCGUUUCGUUUCGUUUUGUUUACUGUCUCCGCGUCGCUUGUUCUCGGCUGUCGCUGGGGAGGCGGUGGCGGCAGCAUGGACAGGAAGAAGCCGCUGGAUGUUACGGUUUCCUCGCUCAUAGACUUGAAAGCUGAACUUUUCCGAAAACAGGAAGAAUUCAAAAAGGAAAAACUUUUGAAAGAUGCUGGAGUCCCUGUAAAACCUAAAGCAGCAAACAAGAAGCCGAGCAUUUGGACUAAACAGAAUAAAGGUGUUUCAGAUCGAUCUGAGAAAGAUGCUGAACAAAAGAUAGAAGAGCAACAAACAUUGGACAAAUCAAGGCAGAAACUAGAAGAGAAAGCACUGCUCUAUGAGAAGAUGACAAAAGGAGACUUUCCAGAUGAAGAAACCGAGGAUUUGUACCUUGUAGAUUUCACCCAGAAGAUUAUAGACAAACGGCGAGAAGUACAGGAGCUGUGUGCAAAUGAAGCUGCUAGAAAGGCAGCAGAGAAGGCAAACAGGGAAGAAGAGAGACUUUCUGAAGCAGAAAUUCCACCUCCUCAGGACCCCACUGAAGAAUGGGUAGAUUAUGUGGAUUCCUUGGGCCGUUCUAGGCGCUGUAUGAAGAAAGAUUUGCCACAUCUGCUUCAAAUGGAUAAAGACCUUCAGGGAAAGAGGCAAAUGACAGAAGAGAAGACUUUGUUGUCUGAAGAUAUGAGAAAGGAGCUUCAGCGUCAGCAGUGGGAAAGGGAAGAAGAAGCCCUAAAGAAACCUAUGGGGCCAAUGCAUUAUGAGGACAUUAGAGAAAAUGAGGCCAGACAGCUUGGUGUUGGUUACUUUGCCUUUGCCCGUGAUCAGGCUUUGAGGAGAAAGCAAAUGGAAACCUUAGAAAUGCUAAGAGAACAGACUACAGACCAGAGAGCAAAACGUGAACAUUUAGCAGAGAAACGUAAGGCUGUUCUGGAAGCCAGGCUGUCCAAGCUUCGAGCGAAAAAGCGAUUGAAAGAAGGUGACACAAAGGAAAAUGGAGAAGGAGAAGUUGCUAUGCCAGCAGCAGCUGAACCCAAGCCCAUUGAAGUGCCAAGCGUUUCCGCGGAAAAUAGAAAAGUGGAAGUGAUCAUUCAGGAAAGGAAAGAUACAAAGCCUGGCGUGCCCUAUGUCCGAGAGUGGGAUAGAGGCAAAGAAUUCACUUUUGGACUGUGGUCAAAGAAGCAGGAAGAUCUCAGAAAUGAACGAGACCCAGAAUUUGCACCUCCCUCUGCUUAUUUUAUGGGUCAAAAGAGAACGCAUGACUUUAGAAGACAGAAUUGGAACAAGCCUGGAACCUCAUAUGAAAAAACAGAAAACCUGACAAGAAACCUGCCACCCCCAUCAACUGAACCUUACAGUAGCAGCUCACAGAGCAAUCAAUUCCCCCCCACUCAGGAACAUGACAGUGAACUGCAAAAUCAGCAGCCGGCUUACCAGACUUUAGAUGACAUGCUGUCAUACUAUAAACAAGUAACAUGAGCUUUAGAUGUUUUGAAAUUGAUCACAAAACACUGUUUGGGAUUCUCACUUUUCAUUUUGUUUUAAAGCUCAAGAGAAAAGGUGUUUUGGUAGGAUAUGUAUCACAUGCCUUUUGUCAUGUAUGCAUCUUACUGCAGCCCUUGUGCUACUUCUGUCCCCACUAGCAUUAAAGGUUUCUGUUUCUAAAGGUUAUUGCUAUAGUAUCCUGUAUUCGCUGCCAUUUCCACUGCUGUUUGCUUCACCAUAAAUACGAUGACUAAGAUCCAAGGGCCUCCUUUAGGCACAUCUAAGGCUUUGGACCUGAACAGCGGGACUGAUGACUCUUUUAAAAAGUGCUAUGCAUACCCAGAAAGAGGCCACCAUGCUGUUUUGUGAACUGCUUUUGAAAAUCACCUUAGUUUUUGAAAUGUAGUUUAUUAUUUAGCGUGACAGGCUAUUAUUUGAGAAACGCAGCACACACCUCCUUUUGGCAUGCAGAAUUAGUUGUCCAGGCCUUUGCAUCCCCAGCAUUAGAGUAAUUUAGUGCCAGCUUGUAGGGUAUGGUAAACAGCAUUCCAUAAAAGGUCUUCUAAAUUAAAAACCAUGUCCACCCUGUGGCAGCUGGCAUUUGUUCACAUACCAAGCAAAACAGUGCAUUGAACGGAAGCCUCUUAAGAUUAGUAUGGUGGUUGGUUCUGCUAUCCCAUUAAUCAUCUGGAUUUCUGACAGUGCUGACAAAGCAAGCAGUUCAUAUGGGUGACUGUUAACAGAAUCUGCUGUUUUAAUAUCAUGGAAAGAUACAGCAGUUUUCCCCCCACCCAUCUCCCUAACCCGAACAGUUGUUUUGUGGUACUUAAAUAUUUAAAGCUGUCCCUUUCACUGAUGCAGUGUGAUUAGAAUGACAACUGGCUGCAAAAUAAAACUGGAUGCGUUUUCCAAUUCUGCAGUGUCUAUUUUAGUUUGAGCUAUAAAGUUGAUGAAGGAUAUGGGGGCUCGUAGCUUUGCAAUUGCUUAAAAAAAUAAGGCAACACUCGUGUAGUCCCUUUCCUGAUUUACUUAUAUCAGUGAUGUAAGCAGGAACAACAGUGUUGCAUUGGAUGGAGCCAGUAAGCGGGGUGGGCGGCAAAUGUGUGUGUUGGUGGAAGGGAACAGCAAUUCCAUGUGUCUCAAGAUCACAUUUCUCUUCAAGAAGUAAGCCCAAUGAACAGUGGCAACUUCUAUCCUCCAAAGCAUUCCUGAGACUUAACAAAGCUACAGCCCACUAGAUGGCAACAGACUACUAAAAUAUUGACAAGCUAUGCACAAGGGUCAGACAACUGUUUUUUGUACCAAAAAGUUUAAUCAACUGUUGAUUUCUAGUACUUAAGAGUAGCUUUAAUAGGUUGAAGGGGUGUUAGAAAAACAUAGACCAAUCUAAAGACAAUCUCUUUAGAAAUCCUGGAAUAUGAGAGCAUAUUCUGACUCCAGCAGCUUGGCACCCUGUGGCUUAUAGCAUUGCUAUAAUGGUUUGCAGACUUCAGUUUCUAGCAUAGUUGUAUGUGGGGUGUUGCUCAGUAAUGUGUACACAGGCUUGCUGCUCUCUAGGGUUUUAGGCAGAAGCCCUUCCCAGCCAGCAUGAAGAUGGCAAGCACAAGAUGUGGGAUUUUUUUCAUGCAUAUCACCACAUGCUCUGCCACUGAGCUCUGGCCCUUCCCCAUCUCAUGAUGCUUCUCAUUUUCACUUCUGACAUUUUCAAUAUAAAAGCACUUCAGCCAACAGCACUGUGGAAGGUAAGCACAGUCGGCCUUUUAAAGCAUUGCUGCCUGGCUGGGCACGGCAGCAGCCAAUGCCUGGCCCACCAGCAAGGCACUGCCUGUCAGGUGGGGCCUCUGAUUGGCCCGUUUGAAGCUGGCGUUCAGUCGGGAAGUCCCGCCCCGAGAUCACGCCAGCCGGGGGAAUUCUCAAAUGGCUGGCAACCAUGUGAGAACUAUCUGCCGGAAUGGCAACAGAGUGAGGGGCCGUAACUGCCACCCACCUGGAAAGAGUUGUAAAAACAAGUUGAGCUUCUGCAGCUCAUUCUUGCCCAGAGUGGCCUUGAGUAAGUGGCCUGAACCUCACUGUGAGAAUCUACAUAACAGUGCUCGCUCCUAUUAUGAUGCAAGAAUGGGCAUGUCAUAUGGAAUGUUCAGCAUCUCCACACAACUUUCAACUGCUGCUGUGACUCUUGGAACAUCU